UUUUGAAUUACAGAAGACAGAUAGCUGAUAGAGCAUAAACAUACAUCAAACAUGGGAAGAAUAAAGGACAAGCCACAAAUAUUAUUUAAAAACUCAAACAAUACCUUCAAUACAUAUUCUAAAACGUGCUCCGCUUUUUCUGAAGCAGUUACAAAGAGCAUUAUAAUGCAGCUAAAGAACAAGAUAAAAAAGGAUAACUAUUAUGAUUACGGAGGUACUAUAAAGCGUGACUUGAGUGUCGAAACAGAUAUUUGUAUUUUAAGAAGAUAUGUUAAAGAGAACAAAAGUAAAAUUCAAAAUAAACAGUCAUCGUGUGCCAGAUUUAAGUAUUCUAUAAAUAAUACAGAUAAAGAAGUAAUCGAAAAGACAAAAGCUCAUAGCAGUGCAUGUGGUGAUAGUCAAGACAAAAUUGACAAUGCUCAUCUUAAAGUAGAUUUGACGACUUUAGUUGUUGAUAAUUUAAAAACCCUAUUAAAUGACUGGAUAAGAAAGUACUUAUUAGAAAACGACAAAACGAAACAAAAGAUUGCGACUGUACUAGACUCUAUAUUGCAUAAAGUUGAGCUAGAACAUUCUUCAUCAGGAACUUAUACUGUAGAUGUUGAAGUUAUUAAUGAGACCCAGACCACAAAUUCUUUUACAUCAAAGUGCAAAAAGGGGCAACUUAGUAUAAAGUCUCAUAGAAAAUUAUCAUCUCAGACCGUACCAUUAACGGGACAACGUGUGAAACUAAUAUCAACAUUAAGCGUUCCCAAAAUAUUAUCGAGCAAUAAUAAAAAUAGGUAUAACAAAGCUUACAUCAACUACCAUAAAAGUUCAGUUAAUAAGUUGCUGUCUACUUCAUCCAGCUACAAUAUUUUAGAAAUAAAAACAGAAUCACUAACAAAACGCUGCGCGACGUAUGAAAAUUUACGAUGGGAAAAAUACAGUGAUCAGAAACAGUUUAGCUUUGUUCAGGAACCUACACCUACUGUUAGUUCUAUUAAAUUAUUUAUUAAAAACGAGGAUAAAGACUUAAAUAAAGAAACCAAACAAAAAGAAAAUAUCUCACAGCUUGAUAUUAAAGGAGUACAAAACGUAGUAGGAAUGACUGAUAAUAAUAGUAAUAAACCAAACAAUUAUUCCCCAGAAAAUGCAUAUGACAGCAAUAAAAUAAAAAAUCAUACAAAAUUAAUAUGCAACAAUAACCCUGUAAAUAUACAAACUAAGACUAUUCAUUCUGGAAUGAGAUCUAGUGAUAUCUCAAGGUCUUCAAAAUAUGAGUCCAAAAUAAUUUCUCUUCUGGAUGGUGCAAUGAGUCACAAUCGGUACUUAUUAAGCCAAAAAGAUACGGCAGUUCCUCCAUGUAAUAGAGAUCAGCAGACAGGUACUUCUGCUACCGAAAUUUUACAAGAUAUAAGUGAGAUAAAAGACAUUAUUAAGAAUCUAGUUAGUGUAGCUGAGCAAAUGGCUAAACAACAAAACAAUAACAAGUUAACAAGAAACACUGCGACAGAAAUCAUUACUCCCCAUAGGUCCAAUUCAAAGGUUUUGAAACAUUCUGUUGCAAUUCAAUGUGUUACCACUGAAAGAAAGAAUGUAGAAACGUCGGGCUUGAAAUUUGAAAACGAAUCGCCAAACAAUGAGAUGGAAGAAUUUAUCUUCAACCCUCGAUUAACAAAAAAAAGUACUUCGUAUAGAGUAAUAGAAAGCGAAUCUCUUCUUCAAAUUCACGAUUUGACAUCUAAGCCUAAGAAAAUAAUUGAAAAGAGACCUGGCGAUUUGUUGCGAAGUGAGUCUUUCCCUAAAUCACAAUCAUUACUUGACGCGCCAGUUAUAAACCAUAACAGAAAAUUAUUAGCAUUCUAUUGUGACAAAUGUAUAAAAUCAAAGCAAUGCGUGUAUAGUUCUUGUAAUCAUAAUGUGCAAUCGCAAUAUGCAAAUAUGUACUCAACCUGCGGAUGUGAAAAUCACUAUGAUAACUUUAGACAAGUAAAGGUAGAACAUUGUCCGAAUAUAAAUUAUUCUGAGGUAGAAAGGAAACGUGUGCAAUGUAGUGCUGGUAAUUGUUGUGCAAUGCCUGGAAAAACUUGUAUCGAUGUAGAAGCUGACGGAGAAAAUUCAGAUUCACUUACGGAAGUAGAUGGAACAAGUGAUAAAAAAAUUAUUGUUACGAAACGUAGUGUAGGUUUUAAGGAAGGCUGUUUUUACUGCUUUCUUUUAUGGAUUCCAAUAUUAAUAAUAAUGUGGCUUUUUUAUGUCUUUAUAUUAAAAGUAUACCUUGAAUCUAACGAAAGUACGACAACGUCUCCUCAAAUAUUGAUCAGUAAAAAUAAUUCUUCCAUGUAUGCAAUAUCAAUGUCUGAUUUGGGGUUUUAA